AUGCCUGUGGUAGCCAGUCUGAGUCCAGACAGAUACAGCAGGGAAUUCUCGCCUGCCGUGGCGCCUCGACAUGCAGCAUCACAACAGCCCCAGGUGUUAUUAGGACCAUUUCCCAACGUCCACAGGCUUCUCUUACUGUCUCUGGAAGAGGGCCUCAAGAUCCCGGCAAUGGUGUUGUAUCCCAGAGCAUGGACUACGGGCGGUUACGUGAACCUUCUAGGUUCCCCACCCAGGAGGGGGCGUCAAACCAGAGAAGAUUAUGCCAUAAAUGCAGACAUCAUCGGUGGCGUUCGCCGAUCCUCUCAGCUUCUCCAAUACCGCUGGCACAGGAUAUCAAACCUUUGCAGGAAUUCCGCUUCCCAACUUCUGAGGUUCAGUUGA